AGCAAAUUCCAUGACUGGUUUCCUUGGAAAACGUUACUAGCAACAAGCUUUUAUGACGCACUAGUCAAAGCAGAGCGCAAAUGCUAUUUCAGAAAUCAGAGGAAAUCGACGCAUUGGAUGUGAGAAAUUCCUGUAUGCAACAUUCCAGCAUGCCCAGGUCCGUCUGAAGGGCAAUGGAAUCUGGUUGUCAGACCUUGCCCGAAGAGCAAAUCAGUUCCGCGAAAAGGAUUUUAAAAGCGGUCAAAGCUAUUUACCCAGACGAAGAUGCAAAUGAAGAACCCAUCGAGCCACUAGACUCCAGUGCCAGCCAUGCCACCUUGUUGGAGAGGUCUGAGAGGUUGUUGAGACCCAGGGCGGAGACAGGCGACCCACAAGCCCAGUUCCUCCUGGGGCUUGUCCACUUUGAAAAGCAUCACUAUGCAGAAGCACUUGAGGCCUUCAACUCCAUCAAGGAUCAAGACCCACAAGCCCUCUACCAGCUUGGAGUGAUGCAUUUCGAUGGCCUGGGGACCCCUGCAGAUCCGGCAUUGGCUGUAGAAUACAUGAGGAGAGUCUCCCAGUCCAGCAGCCCUCAAGCAGGUCACAUCAAAUAUGCCGCACUCUAUUUUCCUGUGCAGGCAUUGGCUGUAGAAUACAUGAGGAGAGUCUCCCAGUCCAGCAGCCCUCAAGCAGGUCACAUCAAAUAUGCCGCACUCUACAACAUAGGCCAGGCUUACCUGGAAGGAUAUGGAGUCCCUGUGUCCAGCACUGAAGCAGAGAGAUACUGGCUGCAAGCGGCUGCAGAUGGAAACCCUGACGCCAGUGUGAAGGCCCAGAGUUCCCUUGGGCUGCUCUACUCCAGGCCUGAGUUGCUGGACCUCAAGAAGGCCUUUUCCUGGCACUCGGAGGCCUGUGGGAAUGGCAGUCUGGAGUCCCAGGGCGCCCUGGGCAUCAUGUACCUGCACGGCCAAGGCAUCCGCAAGGACAUGGAGUCUGGCCUGUACUGCCUGCGCAGGGCAGCAGAGCGCGGCAAUGUGUACGCACAAGGCCACUUGGUGGCGUACUACUACCACCAGAAGAUCUACUCCAAGGCUGUGGGGCUUGCUAAGAGAAUCUCAGAGUACCAGGACAUCUGUGCCAUCGCCAGGGAGACGGAAUGUCUGCCAGAGUUUGUCGCUAAGGGCAUCGCCAUGGCGCUCUUCUACUAUGGACGCUGUCUACAGCUGGGCCAUGGAACCCCACAGGAUCGGGCCCAGGCUGAGCUCUGUUUUACCAAGGCAGUGAAGCUGGACAGCAAAGUUUGCAAGGAACUGCAGAUGGACAUCACCCUGGGGAAACUAUGACCGCCAUGACAUGAUCGAAUGACACCACCUCAUCCCUCAACCAAAUCAAAUCCUCAACCAUCUCCAUGAUCCCUCCCUAGUCUGUCCCCAUGAUUCUUGCUCUUUUGCCAGAAAUGAUGGAGACAUGAGUACCCAUGUCAAAUUGGAAA